AUGUGCCUGGAUACCACUCAAGCCAUUGCUCGCCAGAAGGGGAAACGAGAUUUCCCCAAUCCAAUGACAUCAGUUGACCCGCCAAGCCUCUGGUGGGGACUCAUAGGGGUACUGUGUCAGAAUAAAGUCAAAUCCUGUCGGUCUGCAACUUCUAUUUCCUAUUUCCAAACGGCGUCUCCAGCAAUGACGGUGCACCUUCGAACUGCGACAGAAGCCGAUGCUGAAGCGAUUGCAACGCUGGCUGCAGACGCAUUUCACCCAGACACGGACACCAUAAGCCGCAGAUUGUUUCCACAACACCUGCAGCCAGCCAACUGUCCAGCGGGAGACACGUUGCGGCUAUGGAGACUGGCGCGGAAGUCCAUCAAGUUGACCGACAAGAGAAUUAAUAUGAUGAUUGCUGUCGAUGAUGAUUUGCGUGGUCAAAUUGUCGGCUUCGCUCUGUGGGAAGUUCCCUCACAGAAUGCAUCGGAUAGCGAGUUGCUCCCUUCAGCAGUAUCCUCGCCCGGCUUGGAUGAGAGAGCGUUUGACGAGAUGCAAUCAUUACUUAGUAAUCAUGUUCGCAAACACUUUGGAGAUGAAGGAACAAACAAUAUGUGGCAUCUGGAUUAUCUUGCUGUUGAUCCGAAGCAUCAGCGUAGGGGCAUUGGCAAACUUCUUUUGAAUUGGGGUAUGGAGAAGGCAAAACAUGACGGGCGGGAUUGCUAUUUGGUCGCCACGCCGGCAGGAAAACCCCUCUAUGAGAGUGUCGGCUUUAGAACCUUGCAGGAACUCUCCAUUUUUGAUGUGCCACAUUACUCCAUGAUACUCAAGUCAGACCAUGAUGAAAAACUUUGA